UCAUGCGCAGAGAAGCUAUUUUCACUGGAGAUGAAAGCUGUUGAUUACGCGGAUUACUUGCGCUCCUAACAAACAUUUUGCAACGCCUUUUACAUAACCGAAUUCCAAUAUUGAAACCAUUUUGAACGCUCACACGGACGAAAUUGGAUUAUUCCAGAAGAUAAUCUCGGUGACGAUAAUCAGGUUUAUUUUUUACGAUGGCGCGGUGCUUUGCGGAACACGUGAUCAGUGCCAUCCAAUCAUGGCGCGGCAAUGUUAGCCAUCUAUUCUUUGUUCGGGAUUUAUCAACGUUAUUGACUAAAGUAUUCGUUUACAUCUUAUGGAUUUUAAAUGCAUCAUAUCUUUAUUAACUAGAGGACGUUCUAGGUGCAUACUCUUUAAAAAGAAAGACGUGUUAUUUAUUUCCUCCUUAAACCGAGAUCACAUGACUUUCCCUGAAUGGGCAAGAAGAAGGUCGGACAUGUUUGAGGGAAAUGUGUUGAAUAAAGAAACGUGGCCGAAGACAAGAAGAAAAUCCGGAUUUUUUCCCCCAACAAUGAGGAAUUCGACGUCUUUUUUUUUCCAUUUUAUUUUCAAUUCACUUAAUCUGGCUAGAGGUAUAUAUGUAAACAGAUUUUUUUAUUUUUAUUAUUAUUAUUAGAAAACAAAAUGCUUUAAUUGUGAAACAUUGCUAAAUGUAUUUAGUUAGGCGUUCUAAUUUAAUUAAUGCAUAGAUAAUAUGGAAUUCGGUCGGUUUUUGGUUUCCCACAUUCUAUGACAUUGUUUCGGAUGUGUAACCUUGGUAGUGGGGGAUGGGAUGGGUGCAGCACAUUUACCAAAAAUCUGUUGUGCUACUUUUAAUUUGAAGAUAACUUAAAAAUAGUUUGUUGUGUCAGGAUAUUUAUAUCCAGGCAAAUACCAUUUAUUAAUAAUAUCUGAUCUAAUGAAGGCGUUUUAUGUAUUUAUGUAGUUCAGACGUCUUCUACUUUAAUUACACGCAUUAUUUAAAAAAGGUUGAGUUAUUAUAGUUGCAAUUAAGUAUUGGAGAAAAACAUAAUGUUUUAGGCCGCAGCCUAAAACAUAUUAGGCUGCGGCCUAAUAGGUAGUAGUAUUUUUUACUUCUUUGUAAAUACUGAAUAUAAUUGCGAUAGUUCAAUUAAUGCCUAGCGUCGUUUUGGCAUGCAUUUCAGCGCUAAAUUAUGUUUUUAAACCACUGCUAGGCGUCUCUUCAAAACUUCAACAUUGCUGCGUCAUUUCAUGGAGGACACUCCUUGUAGGCCAUGUUGAACCGAGAGAGAGAGCAUGGAGAAGGGCGUUGAGUUGAAACUUUUGUCUUAAUAUUGGGUCUGAGUGUGCUAUAUUUAAUCUUCAACGCUGCUUUUUUUUUUUUUAGUACAAAGUUUUAGAUACGGAAAAAUACUGCUUUUUCACAGUUUUUAUUUUUGGGUCGUAGCAAUAUAACAAACUUGCCUUUUAUACGUUAAGUUUAAUUGAUAUUUUGUGUGUAGUUUUAUACCGUUUUAGAGGAACAGUUUGUGAAGCGAGAUCUCUGCGUUUGUCUGAUACACGUGACUAACCGGGUUGACCAAUGACGUGCUUCCAACUUGCCACGGAUGAUCGCUCCUUAGUUUUGAGGGACCAAUCACUGAAGUCCGUUAGACUUGAGUUGACGUAACAGAAACCUCUGAGAACGUAACCAUAUUCUUGAGUGUUUAAAAGUAUUAACGAUACUGUUUUUGUUAAACGCUGGUCUCUUUGCUUUAGUGGCGGUCAUGCUUUUACGUUUUUGUGCGAAAUAGUCUGCUGGAAAUCCUCAAAUCGUGCUCAGAAACGAUGUGAAGGCGUGGCCUAUGUGACUGGCAGAUAGGGUGGCCUGUAGAAUACGUGUGGGCGUGUACAUUUAGCGUUACAUCAGCCAAUGGAGUCUUCGUCGGGUUUAUAAAUAGUCGGGCGGAGCCACAACGUUGCCAUUUCAUUGUAGAUCUUAGCUGGAGGAUAAAGGAGGUCAGAACAAGCCGCGAAACUCGGACGUUCGAACGAAACCGGUUUAGAAACUGAAUCCGGAUCCAUCCCGAUGGAGACGGCAUUCUGCCCGCCCUUUGACAGCUCUUUGGGUGGGGGCGAUGGCAUGCAGGGUUUCACAAUGAUGGAGCAGACCAUCUCCGGCCCUGGCAAGCGCAUCCGGAAGCCAUCGCUGCUGUACGAAGGUUUUGAAGGUCCUGCUCUACUCCAGACACCUCAAUCUGGACCCUCCCAACCACCUGUGCGGGACCCCACUCGACAGGGCCGCAUGACCAACCAGCUGCAGUUCCUCCAGAAGGCUUUACAUAAGACGUUAUGGAGGCAUCACUUUGCCUGGCCCUUCCAUGAGCCGGUGGAUGCUGCCAAGCUCAACCUUCCUGACUACUAUAAAAUCAUUAAGCAGCCAAUGGACAUGGGCACCAUCAAGAAAAGACUGGAAAACAAUUAUUACUGCAGUGCCGGCGAGUGCAUGCAGGAUUUCAACACCAUGUUCACCAACUGCUACAUCUACAACAAGCCAACAGAUGACAUUGUCCUGAUGGCUCAGUCUCUGGAGAAGGCUUUCCUGCAGAAGGUGGCACAGAUGCCCCAAGUCGAAGAAGAAAUCCCACCACCUGCCCCAAGGGGUAAACCAGGAAAGCCCAAAAAAGGCUGCAGAUUAACCCCAGGUGGAAUGACAGCUCAUCAGGUCCCUGCUAUAUCCUCUUUGUCCCAGUCGAUCUACUCGCCUCCCACUCCCGACACCCCAGACUCUCUCCUCUCCACCCCACCCCUGACAAUUCUAGCCAAGUCUAUGCCUACCACUCCACACGGCAACCCCGCUCUGCUGGGCCUACUCCCUACCCAACCUACUGCUAAGAAAAAGGGUGUCAAGCGCAAGGCAGACACAACUACUCCCACCACCACAGGCAUGCCCCUCACCUUGGGCAUGGGUGGCAUUAAUCUUGGCAUUGGCAGCGGUGACUCCCCGCUCACCCUUUCUGCUUUAGGGGUGGACCCCAAACAUAGCUUGUCACUUGGCCUGAGCCAUGUUGGAGGCCUGGUUGGAGACAAAGUUCUGGCAAGACGAGGAGGCAGUGGCAGGCCCAUCAAGCCACCCCGGAAAGACUUGCCCGACUCCCAGCAUCAACAUCAACCGGUGCGACGUGGGAAACUUAGUCAGCAGCUGAAAUACUGCAGCGGGAUUCUGAAGGAGCUUCUGUCAAAGAAGCAUGCAGCCUAUGCCUGGCCCUUUUACAAGCCAGUGGACGCUUCGUCAUUGGGACUGCACGACUAUCACGAUAUUAUCAAGUAUCCAAUGGAUCUUAGCACAAUAAAGAGGAAAGUGGAGCAUCGCGAGUACAGAGAUGCACUACAGUUUGCUGCUGACAUCAGGCUAAUGUUCUCAAACUGUUACAAGUACAAUCCCCCAGACCAUGAUGUGGUGGCCAUGGCCCGAAAAUUACAGGAUGUCUUUGAGUUCAGCUUCGCCAAGAUGCCCGAUGAGCCCCUGGACUCCCUCCCACCUGCAUCCCUGGGCAGCGGCCUGGGCGGUCACUCAUCCUCCUCUUCCUCAUCGUCGUCAGAGAGUGAUGUGAGCAGUGAGAGUGAGAGCGAGAACAGCCGAAGCUCCGACAGUGAGGAGGAGCGAGCGCAUCGCCUGGCCCAGCUUCAGGAACAGGUGUGUACACAGUUGAGGGCGGUGCACGAGCAGCUGGCUGUGCUGUCAUCCACACCCAUCGUCAAGCCUAAGAAGAAGAAAGACAAAAAGAAAAAGAAGAAGCCAGAGAAACAUAAGCGAGGGAGGAGUAUGAUGGAGGAUGAGGUGGUCAUACGGCCGGCAAAAAUGCCAAAACUCUCCAAGACACCAAAGAGCCGGAGCAACAGCAAAUCGGCAGGUUAUACUCAGGGCAAGAAGGGCUCCAAUAAGAAGAGCAACAAGAGCAAAUCCUCAAAGAAAUCUCAAGCCGCCACCUUCAAUUCUUUUCCCAUGAGCCACGGUGGCCUUACUCCCCACUAUGACUCAGAGGAAGAGGAGGAGACCAGUCCAAUGAGCUACGAUGAGAAACGGCAGCUCAGUCUGGACAUCAACAAGCUGCCGGGUGAGAAACUGGGCCGCGUAGUCCACAUAAUCCAAGCGCGAGAGCCCUCGCUACGUGACACCAACCCAGAGGAGAUCGAGAUCGACUUUGAGACUCUCAAACCAUCAACACUGCGGGAGCUGGAGCGCUACGUUAUGAUGUGUUUACGGAAGAAACCACGGAAACUAUUUGUGGCAACCAAAGCUGUGGCAGGUAAAUCCCGUGAGGAGUUAACCUUGGAGAAGAAGAGGGAACUUGAGAGAAGACUCCAGGACGUCAGUGGUCAACUCAACUCUGCCAAGAAACCACAGAAAAACAAAGCGGAGAAGCCCACCACGGUGGAACCUCACGCCAUGGCCUCUCGCCUCAGUGCCAGCAGCUCCAGCUCAGACUCCUCUUCAUCCUCUUCCUCAUCCUCUGACACCAGUGAUUCAGACUCGGGCUGAGCGAUUUGAAAGAACAGACAUGGAGCUUUCACCUUAAAAACACGCACUCCAUCCCAGACCAGAAUAGGACCACUGCACUACAAAUAACAAAGGGAUGAAAAGGAAGAGUAGGCUUUUCUCUCUUAGAUGUGAACAGAGGGAGGGUUAAUGAGAACAUUUAAGAAUUUCUGGGAAAUAUUGGACAGAGAGACAUGUGAGAAGAAGCUGGUGGAAAAGCAGCCCAGUGCAUCAUUGUCUAAUUUGGGACAAAUUUUUGUUAGGCCAUCCUUUGUGUGUAUAUAUGUACAAAGCUAUGUAAAUAUCUAUUUUCAUUUUCUUUUAUAAAGAAGAAUUUUAAUGAAUUCCCUGAUAGGGAAACAAACAAACAUAAAAAUAUAUAUGUAAUUUUUUGGUGUGAAUCUUUUUUUUUUUUUUUUCUUUCCUCACCCUCUUUUUGUUUGACCUGUUGUUUGUCUUAAAGAAAACAACAGGCUUGGAUAAAAUUCUGUCACUGUUGUUUGCAUGAGCGAGUGUAUGAUCUGUAUGUAUGUAUGCCAUUGAAUCCAGUGGUUAGAAAACCACAUAGGGUGCAUUUACACACACUUGUGCAUACAUGGAUGUUUUGUAGGUUGGUUCUGCAUUUGAAUGAACCUUCCAAGCUUUAGUGAAAACAGAGCUCCACCUAUUCAAAUGGCAUCUGUUGACCCAGAAGAUAAGAGAAGAGGGAAUUACGUCACCCAUCUCUGUUCAGUAGGCAACCCAUUGGCUUUAGUUCCUUUCCCUUCUCCAUCCUGCCUGCUUUAUUCUGAUCAGAAACAAUGUGGUCAAAUUAAUAGGUUUUGACAGUUCUAUUGUUUUAAAUACAAACAAAUUCUCUUUGAAAUCAGCUGGGCUAUGUGAACGUUUGUUUCUCUGUACACAUAAAUUGAAUGUGACUGUAACCACAUGGUAAAAAAUACAAGUCGUAGAUGCAUAUAAGAGGUACAGAGCUGCUUAAUUAGGUGUGAAUAUGUUUGUUUGUUUUGCACAUUUAUUAAUUAUUUGCCCAGAGAACUGGUGCACAGUCAAUGGGGUUAACAAAAUUAACCACCACUCAUAUUCAGAACAUCCAAGAUUGAAAAUAUAGUUUCUGUAAUAUAGAAACAACAUAGAACAUGCUGUUACACAAAAAAAAGGUUUUUUUUUCUUUUCAAAAUGUGUGAAUAUGUAACAAUUUUGCAGCUUGCAUCUGUCAAUAUGACCCAAUUUCUGUAUCCUGCAUUUUUUUCUUGUUUGUUUACUCCUGUCUUUAGAUCUUUUUUUAGUGUUGUUGCUGGUUGUUUCCACCACUGAUUAUAGUUUUGUUUUUUUAAAGACGACAGCAACAGCAAAACACGUUUCAUGCGACCACAAUUCUCAUCUGAAAAAGUCCACGUUAAUAAAGAGGGUGAGAUGUCCUUAAA